AUGAGUCCGGUCAAGCCGGUGGGAGGCAAUGCUGGAAAAGUUACCUUGGAUGAAGAUACAAUGACUCUUGACAUGGGUGAGGCUAAUAAUAAGCUUUGCAUCACUAGCGAUGGUAUACAACAAUUAUUUGGUUUCCCUCGUGGUGGUCGUUCUGCGCCAAGGCCGUCAGAGGAUGGAUAUGACAACGCUCUGAUGAAGUUAAGAUCGGAGCUUGAAAUUAGCAGGGACAAAGAUAUCAAGACAAAGGAUUUGAGGAAUAAGCUCAAGGUGCUCGUCAAGGAUCCUAGCAAAGAUGACCUUGCUCUGAAAGUGUUCUUCAUGAUUGUGUUUAUGAAGGUUGUGUUGCCUGGUUCUGCCCCGCGUGUUUCCAGAGAGGCAGCAAUGUUUGAGGGUCUCGUCUUUGAGGACAUGGCUAAUAUGGAUUAUUGCCAGCUGAUGGUUGAUGAGCUUAGAAGGGCUGUUGCCAAGUACCAAAAUGGUGAUACCAUCGGGAAGGCAAUCACAGGCUGUGCCAUAGGGCCUAUACUAAUGUACCUUGACUGCCUUAUCCGUGGCAAGAUUGCGGAUCCUGACAUGCGAGUCCCCCACAUAUAUUUCAUGGAUCCUGCCAAGCUUUCUGAUCUGGUUGAUGCAGAUUUGAUAAAAAAAGGAAAUGCAGAUCCAAAGACUUGGGUGUUUGGGAAGCUUCCGGUAUGGUUUUUUAGUACUGUUUUUUCGUGUGUGGUUUAA